AUAACAAUCCGGAAAGACUCUUGGAGCGUUAACGGCGAGUAUCAUCAGAGACUAUUUACCAACAGCUAGAUUUAUAUGAACGAUCACAGAAUGGCUGUGUAUGUCAGAAAAGGUCUGGAGAUCCCAGAGCCAUCAGACUGCAGCAGCAGUGAAGAUGAUGACAGAUUCACAGAUCUGUACCAGCCCAAGAACCAGUCAGUCAAAAUGAACAACAAGAUGUUAAACAAUCUUGUUGACCGGGAAGAUAUUUCAGAGCAGGACAGGAUCAGAAGGGAUGCACACACAACAAGAAAAGUGCCUGUGCUAAAUCCUUCCAAAGAAAUCAAGUUUCCAGCCAGAACUAACUGUAUUGCAUGCUCUGAUGAUGGAGUUUACCUGUUUCUGGGUCACACUCAUGGUCUGUCAGUCAUCACUACAUCCACUCUCACUUGUCUGAGAACAUGGAAGGAUGAACGAGUGGAGCUUACAAGCAUCUCUUGUACCUCUCUGGGAAACUGCACACACCUCCUAUGCACUGUGGAUGACAUGGGCAUUGCACGGCUUUUUGUUCAUCAUGUGGAGAAUAUUUAUUUAAUAAAAGUCAUCAAUGAAACUGAAGAUAUAAACCAAAGACACAACUGUGCAAAAUUUGAAGUGUCUGGAGGUGGAGACUUUGGAGCUGCAGUCAUGACCUCUAGUGGGUCUGUUUGGCUGGAUGUCUAUCGCUUCCCACAAGAUGUGUGGCUAAAAGAGCUGGAAACCAAACAGGCUACACAUAGCCCAGGGGCAACAGAUGCCAAACUGUCUCCAGUAGUCCUUCUUAUGAAGAUCAAACCUUUAGAAAUCCCUGCAGGAACCUCUCUGAAAAGUCCAUUUGAUGUCCUGCAGAAGACAGAGGAAGGCAUUUUAAUUGGCUCAGGCCAAAAUCAUCUCAUUAGCAGUCAUCAAUGGGAAAACCAGGAUGUGGCAUUUAGGAAAAUGUUUGUAAAGUAUCUCAGCUCAAGCCCAAAGAGAUCACCAAAGAUGAUAAUGGAAGGUCCCAGCAACUGUACAUUUCACUUCUUACUGCGUGAAGGAUUUUGCUCACUGCCCAGGGGUGCAAAGGCAACUAGAGAUAUUCCCAUUGCUGUGUGCCUGUGGUGGAGUUGCACUCAUAAUCUUUUACAGUAUCCUCUGUUGAAGACUCACAAGGAGAAACCCGACAGUGAGCCCAGGCCAGACAUGUUGUGGCCAAAUUCUCAGGAAAUCCUCUGCUCUGCUGUCAGUGCCAGCACACGGUUCAUUGUACUAGGGCUUGUCGGUCAGUUGGUUACCAUAUGGGACCGAAAGUUCGGAUGCCCAUAUGGCAAUAUUGUAAUUCCUGGAGACAGUGCCAUAUGUGAGCUAAAGCUCAUUUUGCAGAGUCCUAAGCAGCUACCAGUCACUCCUCAGGGUCCCUUUGUACCUAGACUACAGGUUAUGCUCAUCUGCAGAAGUGGGGCGUGCUACAGUGUGACAGUGGCACAAGGAGGAGACACAAACACUGCUGCACUUAUUGAAAGACCUGCAGACCCAGGCAGUUUUACCACUGUUGCUGAACCUGUGCCCUUCCUAAAGUGUCUGACUUUGUUGAUGCAGAAAAAUGGACAAUUAUCUAUUUUGGAUAUAGAGGAUGGAGCCCCAGUGUGCAGCUUAAACCUGCCUCAAACACAUGCGCUGGGCUCACUCUGGGAACCUGUGUAUGCGCUGGAGCCAGUCCAACAAAAUCUGUAUAUUAGAGGUGACAGGAAAACCCCUUCUGCAGGCGUAAAAGACAGUGGAAUGGAUGAGAGCUCUCUUUUCAUAUUUAGCUUUUCUGAAUGUUCUCUGAUGGAUCCGUACCAGGUCACAAGUUCAGCUGCAACUGAGAGAGAUACAAGAGCCACAUUCUCAAAUUUGGAGGAGGCCUGCAACCUUUACAUUCAGGAAAGAGCUGACUCUCUGGAAGAGAGGAACAAAAAUGUGGCUUUCCGAUGGGAGCAACUUCAGAAGCAUGUUAUUAAAUGAACCUUCACACAAUAUUCAGAGGCACAGACACAACAUGCUGGACAUAUAAAGUGUGCUUUUUUUAUUUAUUUUUUAGGGACAUUUUGAAAUAGGCAUGCUCUUGUGAGGAUAGCUGACCUAGAUUGUAUUUAUGUGGAUCAAUUGCAUUCAUUCAUCAUUAGUGAUGUUGAUACUCUCAGCCA